GCCCCAAUGGGAGCGCAGCGCUGCGCCGGGGCCCGUGCAGCGGCGGAGGUGAGCGCCGGCCGGAGCUAGCCGAGCCGAGCCGAGCCGAGCCGGGCCGGGCCGAGCCUACUCCGGUGUUGAGUUACAGCGCGGGCCCCCGGCGCUGGGUGGGGCGAGAGGAGCCCCGGUCCGGCCCCCCUCUCUGCUCCCUCCGGGCACGGGGUGCGCCGGUCCGGGUGCUCCGUCCGCCCGCCCGCCCGGAGCGGCCUCCGGGGAUGAGCGGGCUGCGGCGGCUGUUCCGCGGUAGCGGGCGAGCGCUGGCGUUCGUCUUCGCCGCCUCCGUCGUCUGGCUACUCCUCGACAUGGCCGUGCUCCGCCUCUCCCUCGGCGACGCCGGCGGGCGGCUGCUGAAGGAGGCAGCGGACCGCGGGCAGGAGAGAGCGCGCCCGUGGCGCGGCCCCGAAGCGUCGGCGGGCAGCAGCCAGGCCGAUCCCGCUGGGCUUCGCCGCGGGCGACACCGGGGCACAGGGACGCCGGGCUCCCGGGCAGCUCGCCGGGAGCCUCCCCGGGCGCCGAGCCCCCCGGCCUCCGCCGCCUUCAGCAGGGGGCGGCACGCCGAGGAGCACCCCGCCGCUCCCCCGGGGACCAGGCCCACCCCGCCGGGGUCGGUUGUAAACUUGAGGGGCGGUGCAAGGGUCGUGGCGGCACCAGCACCGAGCGGACCCCCGUCGAAGGCAGCGGCGGAGUUCGUAGUGGAGCCCACGGGGAGCAGAGCCGGGUCGCUGAAGGCAUCACCGUCCCAGCCAGGCUCCCCCGACAAGCCCCAUUCUCCUGCCCUGCCGGGCGCGGGGCAUUCUGAGCCUGCACGGCGGGUCGGGGUCAGGGGGCCGGCGGUGCAGGGGCCCGGGCGUGCCACCGAACAGAGUCGGCAGCAGCCCGCGGGCACGCUGGUGAAGGGCGGCCUGCCACCUCGGUCAGCGGAGCUGGGAGCCCUGACUGGGCGGGAGCGAGUGAAAGUGGGAAAGAAAGAAACUUCCUCCGAAAACCAUUUCAUCCUUAUUGGCAAAGAGGGGAUAAAACUGGACAGCCCAGCAGCCUCACGCCUGGGAUCUGACUCUGCGAGGAACAUCACAGAGAGACAAGAAAUGCGCAAAGAUUGGCAACUUGCUAAUGAAAAUGGGGACAGCACCCAUGCUGUGAACACCACCACUGGGGGUGCGGAUGGCUGGACACGGGGUGCAACGCAAGGAGCAGCUCCCAAGGUGCAUGCAGCUGGCAAGGACGGACAGGAAGAGAUGGGCACCAGCAGCCCGGGGACCCACAGGGUCUUGUCCAUGGAUGCAACGCUUGCCCCAAGAGAUCUCCAAGCUCCUGGCCAGUUUGGACACCCUGUUUCAGUCCCUGAUGACAAACAAGAAGAAGCAAAAAGUAGAUGGAAAGAAGGAAACUUUAAUGUCUACCUCAGUGAUUUGAUUCCUGUAGACCGAGCCAUCAUGGACACCAGGCCUGCUGGGUGCUCUGAGCAGCGUGUUCAUGAUGACCUCCCAAACACCAGCAUCAUCAUGUGCUUUGUGGAUGAAGUGUGGUCCACCCUCCUCCGCUCAGUUCACAGCGUUCUCAGCAGGUCUCCUCCUCACCUGAUUGAAGAAGUCAUUUUGGUGGACGACUUCAGCACUAAAAAGUAUCUCAAGGAGAAGUUGGACAAAUAUAUGUCACGAUUCCCAAAAGUGAAGAUUCUCCAUCUCAAGGAGAGGCAUGGUCUAAUACGGGCCAGACUGGCAGGAGCAGAGAUUGCCAAAGGCAACAUCCUGACGUUCCUGGACUCACAUGUGGAGUGCAAUGUGGGGUGGCUGGAGCCGCUGCUGGAGAGGGUCCGCCUGAGCCGGACCAAGGUCGCCUGCCCUGUCAUCGAGGUCAUCAGCGACAAGGACAUGAGUUACAUGACCGUGGACAACUUUCAGCGUGGGAUUUUUACUUGGCCAAUGAAUUUUGGAUGGAAGCAGAUUCCGCAAGAGAUCAUAGAGGAAAAAAAAAUCAAGGAAACUGAUAUAAUAAGGUGCCCGGUCAUGGCAGGUGGCCUCUUCUCCAUCGAUAAGAAGUACUUUUUUGAGCUGGGAAUGUACGACCCAGGGCUGGAUGUUUGGGGAGGUGAAAAUAUGGAGAUUUCAUUCAAGGUCUGGAUGUGUGGAGGAGAGAUUGAGAUUGUUCCAUGCUCCAGAGUUGGGCACAUUUUCAGGAACGACAAUCCUUAUUCCUUCCCAAAAGAUCGUGUGAGAACAGUGGAGAGGAACUUGGCCCGCGUUGCAGAGGUCUGGCUGGAUGAGUACAAGGAGUUAUUCUAUGGCCACGCUUACCAUUUAAUCUUGAAAAACGUGGAUGUUGGUGACCUCACUCAACAAAUCCAACUGCGAAAGAAGCUUCAGUGCAAAAGUUUCCGGUGGUACCUGGAGAAUGUCUACCCAGACCUGGAAGCUCCCCUGGUUAAAGCCAGUGGUCUGCUUGUUAACAAAGCCAUGGCAAGAUGCAUCACUGUGGAAAACACAACACUAGCUUUUGAGGCAUGUGACGUUAACAACAAUAACCAGAAGUUCAACUACACCUGGCUGAGGCUGAUCCAGCACGGAGACCUCUGCAUCGCUCAGGCUGGCACUGCGGGAGCACUGGGCCUGCGUCGCUGUGAGGGCAGGAGCCGCAGCAUGGCAUGGCUGCACAGGUCACUGGCAGCCUUCCAGCCAGAGCUGAAAGACCACAUCAUCUCAGAGCAUCUCCAGCAGCCAGCUUGCUUGGAAGUGGAUCCCUCUCACAAAGCCCUGAGGGUAAAUGCCUGUGACUCUGCAAAUCCUUAUCAAAAGUGGCAGUUUGGCAAUUACUAUGCAGACUGAAAGGAACACAGUUGGACCAGAAACACUGUGUUUUCAUCUUGAGAAUUCAGCAAGGACAUCUGUGUGACUUGUGACAGCAAUUAUGAAACUGAAAGUUCAUUUCCAAAUGAUAAUUGAAAUCUGUCAUUUAAACCAGCGUAUUGAGAGAUCAGAAUACUGAGAGCAGCACAUCUGGUUUAACGAUGUCUGAAACAUGGGCGUGUUUUUCCUUCACUGUGAGAGACUUUGGCAAAAGCUCAAAUAAUUUUCUGUAUUAUUAAAUGGAAAUAUUUUCUGAAGUC